UGCCAAGUCUGUCAGUGUUUUCAUGUGAUGGUCCUACCCCGAAGGUCCGAAUUGUCCGAAGCCCAUCUGAUUGUUAUUGAAGCAAUCACAACUCGAAUUGUAUUAUUUGCAACAGUUACAUUAAGAGAAAGUCACUGGAAAUUCUUGAGUGCAAUUUUUGUGACGUGAACGUGCGUAUUUGCUUCCUUAGACUGUUGUCUACCGUUAUCGUCCAAACAGCAGUAAUAGUCUGCUGCGUUCGUUAGAACCGCAAUGAACUUGAAAUGCGAGGUGUGGCUAUUUCUUGUCGUUAUUAUCUCAUUAUUGAUGCAUAUUUAUUGCCAUGUAUUUUCAGUUUGCUAUUAGCUGUCUGGCUGGUUUAACAAUUUGGUUUUUGUCCAUGUGCCUCAUAAUCCAGCAAAAUGAAUAAGCUUCUUUUCUGGCCUUAAGUUAUCAGCGUCUGUCAUCUAAUGGCAAGAAACCUCUUCAAUAUUUGGUGCUUGUGUUCUUCAUGAUUCUGGAUCACACUGAACUCCACAAAAGAAGAUGUUCAGUAAAAAGGCAAGCAUAGAUGUCAAGAAAUCUACCCAAAAAUUUUUGGAUGGGAAACGUGACAUUCCUACAAGGUUUAGGCAUCUAAAAAUUGUUUUGGAUCAUGCUGAACCAAAUGAUGCAAAGUCGCUGCUUGAAACAUACUACAGUCCAGUUUUCCAUAUUUUUUAUGAUUCUUUUAGUACAACUGAAUCAACCCUAAAGCAAAAAAGCCACAGAGUACAAAGAGAAGAGCUGGAUGCAGUACUAGUCUUGCUUGAAAAGAUUUUGUUGCUUCUCCCCGAGCUCCUUCAGAAAAGAUGGCAAAAACAUGCCCUGACUCGCUUAUUCAAGCGUCUUUUGCAUCCAGCCAACAAUACGAAACUCCGGAAAGAUUCGAUGAAAUUGUUUAUUUUGUGGUAUCAAAUCUUGGGAGAGCAAGCAGAUGGUGGCAUUCAUUCCAUGUUUGCCUGCUUAGUUCCAGGAUUUCCUCACCAGCCUGCUUACUCAUAUCCCAACGGUGCACCAAGCGUUGCAAUUGCGACAGAGCUUUUACCACUCAUUCCACCACAGGCCGGUGAAAAAGGGAUAGACGAUUCUUGCAGAUUUUAUUUGGACUCGUUGAUGGAGUUUAUGAUUACCCAGGUGAUGCGGAUCGAAUGGAGAGAUAAACAUUUAGGCCGGCCACAGCGUUGUUUCUCCUUUCUGCUUCAAAAAUUUCAGACCUACUACCUUCCACAUAUAUUCCCGGAAAUUUCGGAUCGGACCAACGUCUACCGGCCUGAUUUAGACAUAACGAAUCUUCGGCGUCUUGGUCCGCAUGAUCCAAGCAGCAAUUCCAAACAGCCUUUUAUUUCCUGCCGAGUGGUCGUGUUAAAGUGGUUAGCUAAUCUCACCCAUGUCCCACAUUCUACCCACCAUCAGGAUACUCCCUUCGCAACUUGUGCCGCAUUUCUUCCACAGCAUCUUGGCUCUCCGGCCAUGGACUCCUCAUUCUACAGUCAAAUAUCAGAAAAGGAGGCUCCAUCAUACAUGAGCGAACAACACCGAAACGAAGUAACAGUUGUCCAAGAUGUACUCUUUGGUUCUCGAGAGAACGUUAAUCUUGUGGUGGAGCUGUAUCGGCAGGCAUUUUUAUUGCCUUUACAACAGUCUCCAAGCAUCCGAAAAAUUCUGUCUUUGUAUCGGGAUUGGAUCCACAGAAAGGUUGAUGCUCCUCCUUUCAUGUGUGAGCCGAUAGAAGAUUCAGGACCGAAACGUAAUGUUUCAAGAGAACAAACACAUGUUUAUGCUGGGAUGCAAAAUGCCUUGCAAAUUUUCAUUACGCAAGUGGCUAGUGUGUUUAUGAGUUGGGUACCUCAGGGGUCUUUGGUUUUCCUGGAAGAGCAGGUGGAUAUAUGCAAAAGGGUUUUGAACAUAUACCGUUAUAUGGUUAUGAACUCUCCAAUGGAACAAAAAACUUGGGAGCAGUUGCUUCUCGUUCUGCUACAGGUCACCUCACAAGUACUUGGCAACAAAGUACCUGACAAAAAAGAAGAUACACUAGGCAAUCGCCUAGCCCCGGCAUUGUUCCAGACGCUCAUUGUUACCUGGAUACGCGCCAACCUUAAUGUCAUUAUUACGGUAGAUCUCUGGGAUCAGUUCGUCCAGACUCUUUCAGGACUCACUGUUUGGGAAGAACUUAUUCGUGAAUGGGCGAAAACGAUGGAUAUUCUUACAAGAGUGUUGGCGAAGAACUUGUACCACUUGGAUCUAAGUGACCUUCCGCUGGAUCGUCUAAGUGAACAGAAAGCCAAGAAAAGAAGAGCUGGCCGUGUCGAAUUACUCUCUGGCUUAGGGCCGUUUCCUCAAAACAUUGUGCCCCGGAGCGGGCAAGUGAAUACUCCAGCAACAACCCCAGUGUCUUCGCCACCCACCACAAACGUCGAUGCAACUGGGCAUCAUUCUGGUAAUGCAGCACAAGAAGAGACACGAUCGGCAAGUGGAUCCGUUAGAUCACGAAGUUCCGUCAUGACUCCCGGCCACUUUGCUCAUCAACAGCGUACUCGACAUAGCAGCUCGGGCGACACCUCGUUAAAAACUGCAGACAUGUGGAAUAUUCCUCGCACUGCAAAAGUCGAGCGAAGUCGCAGCGAGGGCAAUUUCGCGCGCAAACAUCGUGUUGGUGGAACACGAAACCGGUGCAAACGCUACGAUCACAUCGCAGUUCCAUCCUUGCCAUCGUCCGUGGAAAAUAAAAUCACGCGCAUGCUGACCUCAGAAACUCUAUCAACGGCACAACUUUUACGACGUCCUCUCCAACCUAGAAAACAGUUUCUUCGAAAGCGUUCUCGCUCAAUGAAUUCAAUUAAGCAUUUAAAAGGAUUUGAUGAAAGUGGCCGGUAUUCAGAUUCUGAAACUGAAUCUCGUUCACCUUCACCUUCCAGUGGAGUCGAAACGAAUUCUUUCAAAGAUUCGCCAAUGCAAAUUGAUGUCAUGGGUUUGGAUCAAGGAUUUGGCAAGUUCAUUAAAGCUUCUGUAAAAAGCGUGAGUAAUUUAUUUAGUUUUUUACGAUUAGAUGGUGUUGAUGGAGACGCGUCUCACAAUCGAUCGGUCAUGUUUGGCGGAAAGGCCAAAGGCUGGCUUCCAGAUGUGGCCGUUGUCAUGUGGCGUCGAAUGCUUGGAGCUUUAGGCGAUCCCAACGAAGUCCGCAACCCUCAAAUUCAUGCAGCUAUCUUUGAUUAUUUGGUGGAAUUGGGGUGUAUACUAAUUAAGAUUCGCCAAAAUCAAGGUGUCAGCCUUGACAAUGUGUCUACGCCGCCUCUUCCCACUUUCGUUCCACCCGUCUUAAUUCUUGUGCCAUGGUGUCAAAAGGCGCUGGCAUUACCAUCCUCCUACCAUAAGGGCAAGACGUUGGCACUACGUCUACUUUGCACAAUAGUAGCCCGGACUCAUGAUAUUCCUCUUCCACGGAAUCAACUGUUGCUCUUUUAUCGGGCUAUCCAUCAUGCGCUCGUUGGUCAAGAUCAGGAUGCCAUUAAUACAGUUCUCAAAUUCUGUGGAGCGCGCUUCUUUUCACUUCAAUUACCCGGUUAUUCGUUGCUAAUGUUGGAUUUUCUUCAUGCCGCAAACACCAUCAUUUCUAACAACGACCUUAAAGGGAGCUCGCGUGUUGAGGCUAUUUCGUUAGUUGGCUCGUUGCUCUUCUUCCCAGAGACUCUUCCUGAUUUACCGGUGCUUCAACCAAUACCCAACGAGUACAACCUUGUCCACUGUAACGACAUCAAAGAACACGUCGUGGCUUUGGUACUGAAAUCGGCUAAACGCGAAGCCACAAGCGUAGGCCGGUGCGUGGCCAUAUCCAGUUUGGCUGUGUAUAUUUACUGCCAAUUGGCUCAUGGCACAAAACACGCUAAAGUUAAGGAGGCUAUUGCCGUCCUUUUAGCUGUGCUCAAGCAGUGCAUACCCGCCACCCAACCAAAAUCCUCCUCAAAUUCGGAGUUUAAAAAUCGGCUUAUAGGACAAGUGGCGUGUGAUAUGCUUCUUCUUCUCUGUGACCAUGCGGAUUAUCUUCUCGAGCAAUAUCCGGAUGUUCCACGUGCUAUUAUUGAAGAUUUGUCUCACACGUUGUCUGCACUAACGGCGAAUCAAGGCUGCAAUGAUCAGACAAAACGAUUGUUGUUAUCCUUGUCCAUUUGCCUGGGAGAGUGGUGCAUGCGAGUACCGGCGGAAUCCUUGCUGAAACCCCUUGUCCAGCCGAAAUCACCAUCUUUAUUGGAAACGGUUUUUCGCGUCUUGAAAUCAGUUGCCACUGGAAGCAAUGUUGGUGGUGGAGGGCAUGUAGUGGAAAAUCGCCCGCUGGACAUUGGUGUUGCAGACCCGAGCAUUGAUAAUGUAGGGGAGCAUCUAUCAACGCUUAGCCCGUCUCAGUCUCCGCUUUCUAGUCCGACCAAGGACGGGUACAACCAGAGAUCAACCAAUGCCAAGACAGUCCCUUCUCCUGGAGAGAAUGAAGCAAAUAUUCGUGCAGUUCGAUUAGCUGCUCGAAUGGUGAUGGAUCAUUUGAUCAAUCAUAUCGGACACUUUCCAAUGGGAAUCGGUGCUGCCCGAUUGAGUUCCAUGGUCUGCGAACAUGACGACUUGCCACAUUUUCAAGGCGAUGAGCUCUCAGCGGAACUCUUUCAUUCUCCAUCUGUCCAGUUCUUCAUGUUGAACAAGGAUACAUUGAUGUCGUUGGUGGAACUCCCCACGUUAGAAGCCACUCGGGGGAGCGCAAUGUCCGGUCUUCGAACGGCCCAUUCUCAGGUGCGAAUCAUUUUGAGAAACCUCGGUGGCAAAUUCUGCUGGGAUUCGUCGAUAUUGUAUUCGCUCAAAGAUGAUUCAACAUUGACACGUUUAACUAAACCGCCUCUACCGCCAUUUUUUACCGCACGUCCUUAUCAACGCGAAGAGUUAAUGAUAUCUUCAUUCAUCGGUGGAGAUGGAGCCAUCAUCCAGCCAUCUCCUCCGAGACUUUCAGUGCGUCAUCGACCUCCCAAUUCCAUGCCCAAAUGGGAGGAUACUGCCGAAGACAUGGACAACCUUGAAGACCUUUUGCUGUUUAUUGGACAUACAAGUCCUGAAUGUAUUCCAGCCGGAAGGCAAGCAGACACGUUGACUACGCCACCUCCUCCUCCACCGACCAUGUUACCCGAGCAAGAGGAGGAAGCGCUAAAUGCGCUACUCCAUCAAAAACACAUCGAGCUUGAUUUCUACCAAAAGCAUUCAAAUGAACAGUGGAUGAGAGGGCGCCCGGUUGAAGAGCCUAUACCGGAAGAUCCACAAUCCCCUUUCCAGUUUAGUCGGAUGCUCUUUUCCCAGCUUGGUUUAACAUCAUGGGAUAAAAGAGGACAAGUCCAACUCUUAAAGAAAUGUGAUAAACUUCUUCGUGAGUUAAAAAAUCUCGAUAGCCAGAAAUGCCGAGAAACGCACAAGAUUGCCGUCAUUUAUGUAGGUGCCGGCCAGGAGGACAAAAACUCAAUUCUUACAAAUUCCGGUGGAAGCCAGGCGUUCGAAGAUUUUGUUGCUGGUCUUGCGUGGGAGGUUGAAUUGGAAACGCAUACAGGCUUUCUUGGCGGUUUGCAGCGCAACCGAUCCACAGGCGAAACAGCUCCUUAUUUUGCCACAUCUUUCACUGAAGUUAUUUUUCAUGUAUCGACUAGAAUGCCUUCACACAAUCAAGACGCUCUCCUUCAAAAAACCCGCCACUUGGGUAACGACGAAGUCCAUAUUGUAUGGUCGGAACAUUCGCGUGAUUACCGCCGAGGCAUUAUACCAACAGAGUUUUGCGAUGUUCUCAUCACCAUCUAUCCACUGCCGAAUCAACUAUUCCGCAUCCAGAUUACACGCAAACCAGACGUCCCGUUCGUAGGUCCACUCUUCAACGAGAGCAUAAUAGACAAACGUGUGCUUCCUGGGUUGGUACGUGCUACUGCUCUAAACGCAUCUAGGGCGACGCGAUCCACCAUCCCCUACUUCCAUACUUUUUACGAAGAAAGAUACAAGGCGUUGGAAACGAUUACACAAAACCUUCAAGAACCAACGACGUUCGAGGAUUUUUGUGUACAACUUUGCUGCCCAGGUAUACCUAUGCCUACAACUGGAUCGUCCGGUAACUUGUCAGGUUCAUUUUUCAAUAACAUGGAAAUGCCAGGGAAUCCUCCAUCAGGACCUCCAUCUAGUUCGGGAGGCCAUGUUACGUUCUCGUCUGAUACUUCGUAUGGAUUUGCGACAUCCCUCUUCCGUCAAAACCCUGGCCAAGAAAAUAAACAAAGAGGAUUGGAAAGCGCCGGUUUGUCUGUCGACAUCGAGGAACCGCAUUACGCGUCACCCAAAGCGAAUAAACGGCUGUCAUUCAAACAUACAUCACGUAAGAUAUCGGGUUUCGGUAACCCAGAUUGUUGAAGAAACGAAAACAAAAGUGUCUUGAUUGACGGUGAUUCGACAUUCCACACACAUUUCGACGAACUAGAUUGUACUUUACAUAUUAUGCAAUUUUUCAAAAGCUUCAACGUUCCCCAGUUCACGUCUUUCAUAACUUAAGAAAUAGAAAACGGUAGGAUUUAAGGACAUUGAAUUAAAAAAAAAAGAAUGGACGUGCAAUCAAGUGUAUCGCGAGCUCGCUUCACACGACAAGUAUAUCGCAGAUCACAAGCUCAAAGGAAAAAGACACUUGUCAAAAUUCGUGACACUUGCUUCGUUUGAUUUUUUGUUUUGUACCUUUUUUUUUUUUGUUCUUAGUUUAAGGCGUGGAAUGUCUCGUAGUGUUAAGUAAUCAAUCCAGCUACCUCUCGUUCUUCCCUUAUUGUUACCACCGUGUGUCGUUACGUGCACGCGCAUUUCUUUAUACAGUACUUUCGUCUCAGCUACUUCGAUCCGCCUUUCUUUUUCUCUUUACCACAUUUCGAAUUUUCUUUUCUUCCACUGCUCACUUGUUUUUUUGGUGUUUUUUGCCCAUAUUUAUAUAAAGAAAAAACCAUUUCUAUGUGUUGUUUUUCUUAUUGUUUGCCUUUAAUAAACAACAAACCCGUGACUUUAUCGCCAUGGGAACAUGUGUUUGAUCGUUA